AUGGAAUGGUCUCGAGAGAAAACCUUGAAAUUAGUCGGAUUACUUCAAGUCAAUGCACCGCUUUGGAAUCCUAGCAAUUGUGAAACUAGGCGCGAGAAGCAAAAACGCAAACAGGAGCUUCGUUCUAUUGCAAAUGUAUUUAGAAUAUCGGUUUUCGACAUAACAAAGAAAAUACAGCAUUUGAGGACUCAAUAUAACAGAGAAUUAGCUCGAGAAGCUCUAGUCCGUUCUCAAGAUCCAAACGAUAGAUACGUUACAAAUUGGUAUGCCUAUGAUUACCUACACUUUUUAAAGGACUCAAACAAGCCAUACAGGCUUGUUCAUUCGGAUAUUUAUACAUUUAACAAUACAUCAACUGAUAAUGCAAUAUCACCCGAUGAGAAUAAAAAUGAUGCCUUAUCACCACCAUCUAAAAUGGCAAGAACUGAAAAUAUAUUGGACUCCAACUUAGUUUACUCGUCGACAGCUAAGAGGGAUGAAUUUUCAGUAUUUGGUGAGUACAUUGCAAAUGAACUGCGUUCACUAAAAUGUGAAAGAAGCCUAUUACUUGCAAAAAAGAGAAUGCAAGAUGUAAUAUUUGAUGUCAAAAUGAAUAUGCUAACUGAAUUUAGUCUGAAACCCACCAAUGUCUUCACAACAGCCAUUUCUCAAGCUGAGCCAGUGCGGAAUGAAAAAUUAUUGUAUACUGUACCUGGUAUUAACAAUAAUGAAGCAUUACCAACAUCUCAAGCACCUCCAACAUCGGCAAUUAAUGAGAUUAUUAUUAAUGGAUCCUGCCACUAUUCAACAUUCAAAGUGGAUGAACAAUAG